GCGUGGCAGCUGAGCGCGUUGGUGACCAUUGUGGCCGAAGACGGAAAUGCUGUUGCUGCUGCUGCUGCUGCGCUGCUGCUGUCUCUUUUGUCUUUCAAGCUGCAAAAAGUUGAUGCUGCAGCACUGGACCAGCAGCAGCAGCAGCAGCAGCAGCAGCUGCUGCUGCAGCAGCAGCUCAUGCCCCUCUGCCUCCUCUACAAGCCCCUGGCCUUCUCCUUCGCCUACGCGGCCGGCACAGACGCAGCAGCAGCAGCAGCAGCAGCAGAUGGUGCAGCAGCAGAUUCAGCAGCAGCAAUGGACCUGGAUGCGCCGGGAGGGACUGACCAGCAGCAGCAGCAGCAGCAGCAGCAGCAGCAGCAGCAGCAGUUUUGCUUCGUGGCAGACCCCACAGCACUUGAGGAAGCCAUCCUCCCCGGCAGGGUGGUGGUUUGUCUGGGCGAAACAGGAGAGUUGCACUUUAUGCAGAAGUUGGCGGGGCCGCCGCUGAGCCCCCAAGACCUGCAGCAAAUCCUAGACGCUGCAGUGGAAGGUUUGCCUGAGACAUUCGCUUUGCUGCACAAGGCCGUGGCUGACCACCAGGCAAAGCUGGAGCAGAUUAGAAGGCUCAACGCGCGCAGCAGGUAUUUGGAGGCCCCCAUAGAGCUAGAGGUGCCUCCGGCGCACACGUUGCCGCUGCCAGCAGCAGCAGCAGCAGCAGCAGCAGCAGCAGACCUAGGCGGAAAGCCUAUUGUUGAAGGAGUUGAUUUCUUGCAGCCUGCGAAGGCCCAGCUGCAGCAGCAACAAGCAGAAGCUAACGCUAGAGCUGCAGCAGCGCCAGCAGCAGCAACCGCUCCCGGGGCUGCUGCUGCAGUGGCAGCAAGUGCAGCAGGAGGUGCAGCAGCAGCAGCAGCAGCAGCAGCAGCUGGCAUAGCAGCAGCAGAGGACGCGCCUGCAACCAGAGGCACAGACGCGCGGCAGCAGCAGCAGCAGCAGCAGCUAAACGGCGAGCAACAGCACAGUUUGCGUGAGCAACAGCAGCAGCUACUGAAGCAGCAGCAGCAGCAGCAGCAGCAGCAGCGGCAGCAGCAGCAAAGCGACGAAGAGGAGGACGGCUUUGCCAGCGCUGCAACAGCAAGAAUGAAAAAGGGAAAAAGAGCGAGAGUAUAG